GUUAGUGUUCAAUUACAACUGAACGGAUACAUGUCAUAGUGGUGGAGAACACAGCGGAAACGGUCUGAAAGCUGAGUGUGAUAAGAAAGCUGCAGCAAAUAGAGAUAAUAAAGCGGAACUGUUGCAAUUUAAACUAAGGCACGAUGGAUCCCAGUAUUCUAGCAACCAUGGACCGUGACGCACUGAAAAAGCAGAUCGAAAACAUGAAGUACCAGGCCUCGAUGGAGCGGUGGCCAUUGUCGAAGAGUAUCGCAGCCAUGCGAGAAUAUGUGGAGGAGAACGAAAAGAACGAUCCACUGAUUCACGCACCGGACAAGAAGAAUAAUCCUUGGGCUGAGAAGGGCAAAUGUGUCAUCAUGUAAAUAGCGUCCUAUCUUCUACUGAUACUUCUACUACUACUACUACUACUACUACUACUACCACUACCACUACCACUACUACUAGAACUACUUCUACACCCAAAUCCAACUACUAUUUUCUACAACUUUCUACCAUUACAACAAAUGUACCAUAGAGGGAGACAACCGAGCCUUUGCUUCGAACCGAAACUAUCAAACCAGUGCCAUUUUAUUAACACAUUUUUGGUGCGAUCCAUUCUGAGUUCAACUUUACAACCGGCGCUGCAAAACUAUCAAGCCUCAUCAGCGCAACACACAUUGACCGAUGCUAAAUCACUUCCGUUUCCUCUACUCUUUCUGUUGGUUCAGCAGUUGUACUGACGGCAUGUUUAAUUCUCAAUAUCGUUUAUAUAUCAUGUUGGCGUUUUGGUGAAUCCAUACAGAAACCAACGUGCUGUAAAACAGGAACCAAUUUAACCAAUUGCGAAAAUCAAUCAAAAACAAGCAGUUGACCUGCGCGAUAUUAAACAACACUCACAGUUGUAGUAUGUCACUUAAUUGGUUUAUUCGUGUUGUUUAGUAAUUCCGAAUAAGUUCUUUCAAGAUAGUUCACACUCUUCUGAAUCUUUAGUUUCUGUUUUAUUUAAUAUUUGUAAGCAAACCCGUUGGUUGUUUUACGUGGAUAGUUUAAAAUAUUUUAGCAGAUAUUUCACAAUUAAGAAAAAUGCUUAACCACAGGGAGCAUGAAAGAGUAGAAAACAGAAGGAAAUGAAAUUGGAAAACAGUGGCAAUCAAUGGUCGCAGCAGCAGGGCUAACGUUCCAUCUUGCUUUGAAUCUCAUUGCGAUCUGUCCAUUAGCUUUAAGUUCCAACCGGAUCGGUGUGCUUUAGUUUUACUUUUGGUUGCGUUCUGUCCGUCAGCAAUUCAUUAUGGUAGGGCCGUAGCGGUUAUAACAAAAUGCGAAAGUUUGUAAUCUCUCCGGUGUACAACGCCAAAACUGCCGGAACCCGACACGUCAAGCAGCGAAACUGUGCAAAAUUGUGAACGAAGAAUUAAAGAGAACAAUUAGCUUAGAUGGGGCUAAUUGCAAAACCAACUUACCACGACCAUGCUGUCUCUGUCAUUGUGCAUACCUGUUGCCUGGAUGUUGUUUUGUUGUCCAUUUUGUUUUCAUUUUUCGACGCAUAGGUGGGAACUUACAUACACACAGGCUAAAACUCUAGCGUGCGAAUAACUGGAGAAUGCAGUUGCAGUAAACAUACCAUGGGACACAGUUUUGUAAAUUUGCCGUAAAAGUCUUCUCCACGUUUAGUUCCUGUGCAGAUGCAAGUUGAUACAGUUGGAGGAUACUUUCCGUACUUUCCGGGUCGGGUUGUAUGUUCGUUUAUUUUUAUGUUUACUGGAAUAAAUCAAACACAUGCAUGUCCAAUAUUGUCGUUGUGUGCCGUCCUUUCUAUUUUGUGCUGUUGUUUUCUUUCGUUUGGUUGUUUUUCUCAUUUCUGUUCUAGAUUGUUUGUCAUUAGUUGUUGUGCUAC